AGGACAAUGAUUAUUGAGGCGGCGUUAUUUGAGUCUGACUGGAAGUUGGCACAGAGAGCCAGGGAGUGAAAAGACCAGACAUUUUUUAAAUUUAUUUAUUUAUUUACCUUGCCUGAAUGCUAUUGUGUUAAAUGUCUUUCUAUCUGGAUCUGCUAGAUCUUUUAAGAUAUUUAUUGGAAUAUUUUGGAGUACCAACUGAUCUGCUAGUUCCAGUAUGGGCAAAUCAACUCUGUGGCCAAUACCGCAGCAUUGUUCGCAUGAUUGGAACAAAUCUUCCUUUGAGUCCCUGCCCAAGAGUCUGCUUUCAGAAAAUCCCAGAUUUACAUGCACAGCACAGCACAGCGAGCACGCCCGUCUCCCGUCCUUUUGUUCCUUCUUUUGCAGAUGUACUGUGGGUGGCUGAUAAUAAGGACGAAACCUGUGUCUCAUUAAGAAAUGUAAUUAGUCCUUGUAGAGGAGAACGAAGAACUAAUUGCACCCCAGUACCUCCAGAACAUAUCUCCAUGCUGUCUCAGUCAGUGAAAAGAGUGGUAGAAAAAAAAGGAAACUCACAAAGUACAAAUGCAUGUGCCCUAAAGAAAAUCACAGCCCUGGAGGAUGAGUUAUCACGGUUACGUGCACAGAUUGCCAUGAUUGUUACAACGCAGGACCAAGGUUAUUCUAUGCCCCAGUUAGGAUUCAUGCAGCCUCCUGGUACCCCUGGGAUGUCUCUUCUUCCAGUGUUAACAUCCACUCCUAGCUGUACGCCUGCUCCACCACCCCCUCCCUCUCCCCUUCCCCCUCCCCCUCCGUCGACUCCUUUGCCACCACCCAGUUGUAGAACAGCUCAAGUCUCAGCUGGUGACCUGAUCAGACAGCGGCAUGCUACAAACAGGUCUAGGCAGUGCAACAGGGAUAAAGUUUCUGUUUCUGACUCCAUCCCCAGUAUGUUGGAUGUUUUAAAGGAAAUGAACAAGGUUCGGCUACGAGCAGUGGAGAGAUCGCCGGGAGGCACACCAGUUAUGAAGAAAGAUAAAAAGCAGGUAUCUCUUUCGGACCCUGCAGCACUAAUUGCUGAUGCUUUGAAGCGGAAGUUUGCACACAGACAUAAGGAAGAUUCUUUUGACAAAGAAAACCGAUCAUUUGAGACUUCACCUUUUGGAAGUCCAGAGACUCGUAGGAUUGAACCUUGUGUGUUGAAGGUACCUGGGAAGCAUAUUCCUUUAAAGAUCAUAAAAAGCAUACAGUGAGAGUUGGGGCAUAUUGUUAAAUGCUACAUGGAUAUUUUGAUUAUGGGCAAUCUGAUCACUGGUGGCUAAAGCAAAUAAUGCUGCUUAUUUUUGUUCAUGUUAAAGCUUGUUUGUGCUUCUUGCUGUUUUUAGUGUAAAACAUCUCCAUAUGCUUUAAAAUCCAUGCUUUUCCUUCAA